UAGGAAUAGGCCUGAGAUGUUGAUGAAGAGAGAGAGAGAGAUUGGGUUUGAAGCUUUAGCCAACGAAAGAGAGAGGGAUUUGAAAGUUAGGUUUUUUUUCUUCCCCUUAGCGAUUAAGAGAGAGAGAGAUUUGGGGGUUAGGGUUCUUCUGUUAGAUUAAGAGAUUAAGAGAUUGGGGGAUUGGAGUUCUUCUGGUGGCUGCUAUUGAGAGAGAGAAAGAGAUUUGGGGUUCUUCUGUUAGGUGGUGAUUAAGAUAGAAAGAGAUGGCGGCAAGAGCGAUCGCGAAAAAGAUUUAUGUGAAUCCUCAAGCAUUAUCGAUGAUUCGUCGUGUUUUUCUAUCCCCUGGAAUAGAUAGAACACGGUCUUGCUCUGAAAUGGUUAAAGCAACUGUUAAAACUUCGUCUGCAGAAGAUGAAUCCAAAACAAUAAAAGAUAAUGUUAAUAAGGUAAAAGCAGUGGUUUAUGAUGAUGUGUGGAAAAAAAAAAUUGUUGAAGAGAUUGAGGAAACUGGUUUGAAAUUGCUCCAACUGCUCCGAAAGUUACGUGAUGAAGAAGAUGAGAUGUUUAUUGACUCAAACGAUAAAGUGGUUAAUUAUAUGAAACCCAUAUAUAAGCUGUGGAGUAAAAAGAUUGAAGAGGAGGAGCGGAAACUUCUACAAGAGGGAUGGACACAUUUGAGAGAUUCAUUACUUGGUACACCAGGAUUGGAAACAUGUCAUAUUCGAUCACUAUUAUCUAUCCAGCACCACAUUGGGUCAGGAGGAGAAGAAAUUGUUAAAUUUGCAACUGCUUCGCCUCACACAGGGUUAAUUGAUGUUAGGAGAUUAGCAUUACAACGUCCAGGUCCGUAUGGAUUACCAAGACAAGUAGUCGUGGGUGUGGUAUGUAUUACCACCAAUGAUGCAUUUCUCUUGUAUAAUCCUACCACUGGUGCUGCAUCACCUUGGAUUGAAACUACCACCACUCGGAAAGGAAAAGCUAGGCGCCAAGUUGAGUCCAUCGCUUUAGGAUUUGAUCACCAAUUUGUGGGAAGUCGUCAUAAAGUCAUAUGCAUAUCAAGAUAUGUGAAGAAAAGAUCUGCUCCUCCUGAUCCAAAAGAUGAUUUUCUGGUUGUGGAGGUUUUGACUGUUCGGGAUCGUAUAUGGGAUAUUGGUGAACAUGAAUGGAGAGAAUUGGAGUUUACCCCGCGUUCUUUCGUUGUGGGAGAUAAGUUUGUAUUUCUAGAUGGUCCUCUCUAUAUGGAUGGUAGGAUAUAUUGGCAAUGUCGUUAUCAGAGAUUACAUGAAUCUAUUCUUGAAUUUGAUAUUGGAAGGGAACAGUUCAUUCAUAUUCCCAUUUCUAAAUUUGUAGUUCAAGAGUUCAUUGAUUCUUCAAAACACAUGUGGUCAAUGCUGAUGGAAGUCGAUGGGAAAGUAGCUAUAUUAAAGAGUACAUCAGAUGAGGAAACUUCUUCGUUAUGGAUAUGUUAUCAUUCACCAUGUGGCGAAGUCAAAUGGUCGAAAGAGAAGAUCCCAGUACCUUAUGCUUAUGUUGUAUCUCCAGGUUUUUCCAUUGAAGCUCUUAGAAGGAAAGAUCUCAUCUUCAUACGCUCACGUCGUCGUAUUUCCUACUAUAAUCGAAAGACAAAGGUAUCACUGUCCCUAAAGAUUCCGCCUUCGCCCAUCCAUGACCACUUUGAUUGCGGAAGGAUGACACAAUUCUAGGUUUCACUCCAAGCUGUUGUCAAUCUGCUCUGCUGGAUAAAUGAGGUCUUUCCUUUAUUUUCAAUUUUUACUCUGAGUUAUCUAGUCAUUCAGGUUCGAUUCUGUCGUAAUAAAUGUUAAUUUAUGAUCAACUUUUACUUUGGAUUUUAGAUUUGGGAUUAUAAAAUUUUACAUGAUAGAUGGAUAUUGGUUUGCAUUUCUCUACAUGAUAACGAUUGAAUGUUUAGGAAGUAAUUACAAGAGCUCUCUUUGUUGGGUUGUGAUUCCUUACAUACCUGUAGGUAACGUAGUUUUUCAUUUAAACCGAUUUAUAUAUUUUUGACAUUUCCUAGAGUUGAUAUUUUGGCUCAUGCAUUGAUGCUAAAAGGAGCCCUGAAUAUGGUGAUGUUACCGGCCAUGGAUGAUUCAAUUAGAGCAUUGUGUAAGAUGGCAAAGAACAAUGUCCUAUGCUUUCUCUUACUGUUCAUGUGAACCGCAAUGUAAACCAUGUAUAGUUAUUCAUAUAUCACUCUUCUGCUUAUUGUGGAACUGCUGGGGCUUUCACUUUGAUUCGUUUUGUUAUUUGUUCUUCUCGUAGCCAGCUACACCUACCACUUUGGGAAAAGAAAUGACAAUUUUUGCUGCUAGAUUAAGCCAACAAAGACAUCAUCUAUCCAAAAUUGCUUUCUGGGAAAGUUUGCUGGUGCUACUGGAAAUUACAACGCUCAUCUUGUCGCAUACCCCGAGCUAAUCUGGGCUCGAGUUGCUGAGGAGUUUGUAACAGCUCUAGGAUUAAGUUUUAACCCCUUUGUCACUCUGGUGAGGUUGGAUUUCGAGAACAGUAAGGGUAACCAUGGACUGGCCAAUGAUGGACUAUCUCACCUGAGCACAGAUUUGCCUAUUUCACGCUGGCAGGUGAUGCCAAGAUAUGGUGUUCCUGAGCCCUAUGAGAAGCCGAAGGAACUAACUAGAGGCAAAGGGAUCUCUAAAGCUAGUAUCAGAGAAUUCAUUUUAGGUUUGGAGAUACCCGCAGACGCAAAAGCUAAUCUUUUGGAACUUACACCUCACGCCUACAUAGGCCAAGCGACCAAUUUAGCCAAGGAUGUAAUCAGUUUGUUGACGUAGUGAAUGGUGUUCAUGCCUUGUACUUAAUUACAGUUUUGCUCUAAUUUUGAGACAUUGCCAAAUGUAUAUAAGCAUGAGAGAUGAGCAAGACCUAAUAUUAUCCUCAAA